AUCUAACAAAGGAGGGUAAGCGCGUCUUAAGCUCUCAUCAGGAAUAGUCGUGACGAUAGUGGGAUGCAACAAUUCUUGCAAUGCCGGCAAGAUGCAAGCCACGGUCUCAUCUGGCGUCGUCAGAGGCAGAAAAGCAGCGACCAACGCCAGCAAUCCUCGACAUAUCCGCGAGUUGUAUUCCUCGCUUCGCUUCACUGCUCACAUCGCAACUUUCCUUGUCGUGAACAAGCUCCAAUUCGUGUCAUCAUGUUGCGUCGUUGGUUAGUCAAGCAUCGCGCUCUGUCCCCGCUCGGUCCAGCUGGCCUCGUCCUGCUCGCCGGAGCUGCUGCUGUUGUCGCUUACGUGGCGACUCGAUCGAGUCAAAAUGAAGUCAAAGCUGACACUUCUGAGGAAGAGAGCGUCGACAAACCCAAGAUAGUGCCCUACUUGCCGUCCAAAGUGCCGGUCAUCGGCAACAUGCUGCAACUCGCCACCAACGCCCACCGUUUUCACGACUGGAUGGCGGAGCAAUGCAUCGCCCACAACGGUGUGUUCAAGCUGUAUCUACCUGGUCAGAGUGACAUGCUGGUCACGGCUGUUCCGGAACACUACGAGCACGUCGUCAAGACGCAGUUCGAUCACUUUAGCAAGGGUCAUCAGCAGUACGACAUGUUCGUGGACCUGAUGGGACACAGUGUCCUUAUUAUCGAAGGCGAGCGCUGGAAGUACCAUCGUCGACUGCUUGUUCGGCUUUUCAGUGCUCGGGCGCUGCGUGAACAUAUGACACCUGUGAUCCAACGACACACACUCUUGUUGCAAAAAGUGUUGCUCAAGGCUGCAAUUGCCAAGAAACCCGUCGACCUUUACAUGCUCAUGCACCGCUUCACUUUCAAAGCGUUCGCUGAGAUGGUGUUUAACAACACUCUGGACAGUAUCGACUCAGAGCACGAGCAUCCAUUCGAACAAGCCUUCGAUGAGGCUCAGUCCAUUGUUGCCGGUCGUCUGCAACAGCCGGUGUGGUUUUGGAAACUCAAACGCUGGAUGAAUGUUGGUCAGGAACGCAAACUUCGCGAAGAUGUCGAACUUAUUGACAACUUUAUCAUGAAAAUCAUUUCGACGGCCAUCGAGACCCGUCGCCAACGCCAAGAAGACCUGAAAGCUGGCAAACCGGAUGGCGACAUGGUAUCGCCUACCGACGUCCGCAACAUUGCAGUUGCCGCUUUAGGCGCCGGUCGUGACACCUCUGCCGAUGCCAUGACCUGGUUAUUCCACACACUGACUCAACACCCUCAAGUCGAGAACAAACUGCGUGCCGAGAUAUUUGACAAGCUACCAAAGAUCAGAACGAGCUCCACCUAUGUUCCAUCAAUGGACGAGGUGCAAGGUUUAGUGUAUCUCGAAGCAACAAUUCGCGAACUCUUACGUCUUCAGACUCCUGUGCCGUUCACGAUGAGGGAAUGCAUACACGACACAGUCUUCUCAGAUGGCACCUUUGUGCCUAAAGGGACGAAUGUCGGCAUGUGUCAUUUCGGAGCUGCUAGAAGCACGGAAGUGUGGGGUCCCGACGCCGCGGAAUUCAAACCCGAGCGCUUUAUCGACCCCGAAACUGGCAAAUUGUUGCGCACUCCAACCGCCAAAUGCAAUGCCUUCAGCGGUGGCCCACGUGUAUGUGUCGGCAAAGCUCUCGCUAUGCUGGAGAUGAAGCUGGUGAUUGCAACACUCGUCGGUCGUUUCCACUUCACGGAAGUUCCAGGGCAAAACGUGCACUAUGCAAUGGGGAUCACUAUUGGCAUGAGGAGUUCGCUCAUGAUGAACGUCCAGCCUGUGACUGGAGGAGCUCCGGGUGCUGCCGCUUAAGCGCGAAA